UUCCGUACUUGGCCAACCGCUUUGACUUGCAAGCCGCGUCCAAAACUCUCCCAUCUUCGCAACUCUGCGCUCUUGCAACCUUGCAACCUUGCACAACAUUGCAUUCCUAUUUAUUGUGACCGUACCUACAUUAUUUACCAGGUAUCCCACCUGUUCGUCAGACAGGAUUUUACGUAAACCAACAACUACACAACCCUGUUGCCGAAUACCGUACCCAACCUUUUUUUUUUGAUCGACUCAAAUAGUCGGUCAGCCCGCGCGGUCCAUUCGUCACCAUGUCCAACUCGCAGGUCGGCAAUGUUUACCAGCAGAUCAUCAACGAUGUCCUCGAAGCUUCGCGAGUCGAUUUCGAGGAAGGCGGCGUGGACGAGGGUGUUUUGGAUGAACUGAAAAGGGGAUGGCAGAAGAAGCUCUCCCAACAGCAGCUGGCUACGUUCCCCUGGGAUCCGAAGCCAGACGCCCCUGCUCCUCAGCCCCCUGCUGCUGUUGUUCCUCUUACACCAGCUCCUGACCCUAUUCCCCAGGUCAACGGCUCUUCAUUUAUCCAGGAACAUGUUCCUCAGAUCCAACAACCUCAAGGUCUCACCAUGCCUAUGGCUGGUGGUCAACCUUCAAAUGGUCCUGGCGUCAAACCCGAACCUAACGUCAAGACGGAGCCCGGCCUUGACAAUGGAUCUAUGAUGACCCAGCAAAGUGGCCCCGGUGUUGUACAAGAGCGGGUAUCUCAACAGCUCCAGUCCAUGUAUGGCGACCGCGCAGCAGCUUCUAUAAACAAACUAAGAGAGCAGUCGUUUCCUCAGAACCCACAGAGGCCCGGCAACCAGCCUAUGCCACCCAACUAUCAGGGCCAAUAUCAGCAGGGUCACCCUCAACAGCAGUACCGACCUGGCAUGCCCCCUAAUCUGCAGCAGCAGCAGCAGCAACAGCAACAACAACAACAACAGCAGCAGCAGCAGCGCAUGACCAUGCCGAAUGGACAGAGACCUCCACCCUCUCAGUUGGAUGGCGCAGAUGAUGUCGAAUCUCAUGUUGGUGUUGUCAUGCGUCGUACCUCUGCUGGUGAAAAUGUGGAAAUGGGACGAGUUCAGAUUGAUAACUUGCUCCACGCCCAGAUCGCGGCCAGGGCCAAGGCUAUGGAAGGUGGUGGCCUGAUGCUACCUCUUAAGCGCAAAGGCAAGGAUCAAGCUAUCUCGCAACAUAAUAUACCCCCGUCCGGCGGUAUCUCCCAGUUUGACGGCACGGAUGAUGGUGUGAAAGACGAAGCAUCCGAUGACGCGGACGCUAUCAACUCAGACCUCGACGAUCCUGAUGAUAAUAUUGAAGAUGAUGAUGAGGACGAGGAUGGCGGCCAGAUCAUGCUCUGCAUGUAUGACAAAGUCCAGCGAGUCAAGAACAAGUGGAAGUGUGUUCUCAAGGACGGCGUCCUGAGUGUGAACGGCAAGGAUUACGUAUUCCACAAAGCAACCGGCGAGUAUGAAUGGUGAUCGCGAACCGGACCUUACGCCAUCAUACUGGCACGAUUUUGUACAAGACUUGCUUUCGUUUCUUUUUUUUAUUUGGCGUGUACUUGACCAAAUCCAACCGCGUUAAAAUUCACCUUUC